UUUUUUCCUCAAAAUAUCAACCGAAACGAUAGCUGGAAUUAGACGACAAUGCCGUUGAGCUCAACACUCAUGUCGACUCUCUCCUCUCUCUACUUCCCACCAAAAUCCCUCUUUCCCAAAACCUACUCUACCGCUAAUGCUCUCAGGCACUUCCUUUCUCUAUACCCCGCCAAAUCUCUACCGUUGUUUACGAAUUUCCGGCCGCUGUCGUCUCUAUCCGCCCCCUCGGCUGUUGAAUCGGAACCCUUGUCUUCACCAUCAAUUACUCCCGCCGUGAAGACGAUUGACCCUCUGUACUUGUCGUGCUGUUUGCCGGAAAGGAAGCCUCUGAAAGUGGCGGUCCUUAUCAGCGGCGGCGUUGACAGCAGCGUUGCCCUCCGCCUACUCCACGCCGCCGGUCAUUCCUGCACCGGAUUUUACCUCAAAAUAUGGUUUCAAGAAGACUUUGACAACUUCUGGUCUGAAUGCCCCUGGGAAGAAGAUUUGAAGUAUGCAAGAACUGUUUGUGAUCAGGUCGAUGUACCUCUGGAAGUUGUGCAUUUAACUGAUGAAUACUGGAAUAAUGUGGUAUCAUAUAUUAUCGAUGAAUAUCGAUAUGGCCGCACUCCAAAUCCAGAUGUGCUCUGCAAUACAAGAAUUAAAUUUGGUGCGUUCGUAGAAGCCAUAGGUGGCAUGUCGUUUGACUUCAUUGCCUCUGGACAUUACGCAAAGUCACAACUUGAAAGGCUUCUCUUUCCUCUUGGAUGCAUCCGUAAGGAAGAAGUUCGAGGGCUCGCCAGAAUAUUUGAAUUACCCAACCAAGAUAGGAAGGAUUCACAAGGAAUAUGCUUUCUAGGAAAGAUAAAGUUUAGUGAAUUUGUUGCCAGACAUAUUGGGGAGAAAGAAGGUGUGAUAUUAGAAGCUGAGACAGGAGACUUCCUAGGCACGCACAAAGGUUUUUGGUUCUAUACAAUCGGUCAACGUCAGGGAUUACGUCUUCCUGGUGGGCCGUGGUAUGUUGUGGAGAAAGAUGUGGAGAAUAAUGUGGUAUUUGUCUCAAGAAAUUAUUUUUCAGUUGACAAGAGAAGGCGCGUAUUUCGUGUUGGGUCUUUGAGGUGGCUAAACGGUGCUCCUCCAGGGCAGGCCACUCAAAUCCAAUGCAAGGUUCGGCAUGGACCUGAUUUUUACACUUGUGAUUUAUCUUUAGAAGAAGUCGAUGCCAACGGCCACGAAAUUGGGGUUGUCAGAUUAUCCAAAGACGAUCAAGGCCUGGCGGCCGGGCAGUUUGCCGCUUUCUACCAGGAUUCGACCUGUCUCGGGUCUGGUGUGAUCUUGGAGUCAUGGGAUGAUCAAGGGUUUCCCGUUUGUGAUCGGGCCCUCGAGAUUGCUAAAAUUGAAGAUAAAUCGCAGCUCGGGAAGCCAGUCAAGAUUAAAGCAGUUGCAGAUAGUAGUAACAGUAAAGAGGAGAAGGAUACUCUCACAUCUCUUGAUUGUGAAGCACAGUGCCUUCAGACAUUAUGAAGUUUAGGGUGGUGGAUUACAAUUUACAGCACAUUUCAUUGAAGGAAAAUAGAUAGAAAAAUAAGAUACGGAAAGAAAACUAGACUAUUUUGUAAUAACAAUUAAAGAUACCCUUGGUAAGGGGUCUACUUAUUCUCCAACUGCCGAUUGUGGUUGGAGAUUUUGUCAUGAUGUCAUCGAUCUCACCUUCAUGUUUCUUUGGUACUUUGGGGUUUAGAUCUACUUCGGAUUUCUCGUAUCUAUCUAGUUCAUGUAAGAAAAAUUAGUUUAUGUACCGAUUCAACGGUUUCAUUUUUCGUAAGUGGAAGACUUAGAAAAUUUUUAAAAUUAAUUUAAGUGCGAAUGAGAAAUUAAUUUUA